AUGGGUGUCACUGGCCUGUGGACCGUUGUCCAGCCCUGUGCCCGACCGAUCAAGAUCGAAACGCUGAACAAGAAACGACUCGCCGUCGAUGCCUCCAUCUGGAUCUACCAAUUCUUGAAGGCCGUUCGUGACAAAGACGGCAACGCCCUACGAAACAGUCAUGUCGUUGGCUUCUUCCGCCGCAUCUGCAAGCUCCUCUACUUCGGUAUCAAGCCUGUUUUCGUAUUCGAUGGUGGUGCCCCUGCCCUCAAGCGCGCCACUAUCAACGCUCGCAAACAGAGAAGAGAAGGAAGAAGAGAGGAUGCUACUCGUACCGCUGGCAAGCUACUUGCCCUCCAGAUGCAACGCAUUGCUGAGGAAGAGGAGAACAACCGCAAACGAGCCACACAUGCUGCUCCACAAGAUGAGGAAGAGCCGCUGCCUGAAAACCUCGUCUAUGCCGACGAGGUUCUUAUGAACCCACAAGAACGCCAGCAGAAUAAGACUUUCAGGAAGAAAGACCAAUACCAUCUCCCUGAUCUAGGCGUCCCCCUCUCCGAGAUGGGUGCUCCAAACGACCCCAGAAUUAUGUCUCUCGAGGAGCUCGAGAACUACGCUCGUCAAUUCGAUACUGGUGAAGACAUCAACGUCUACGACUUUUCCAAGAUUGACUUUGACGGUCCAUUCUUUCUCAGUCUCCCACCUAGUGAACGGUACAACAUCCUCAAUGCAGCCAGACUGAGAAGUAGACUCAGAAUGGGCUACUCCAAGGAUCAGUUGGAUACAAUGUUUCCCGAUCGUAUGGCUUUUUCCAAGUUUCAGAUUGAACGAGUAACAGAGCGCAACGACUUGACACAACGUCUGAUGAACCUGAAUGGCAUGAACGAUGACCUCAUGUACGGUCUAGAUGCUCCUGGAAGAGUUGCUGGUGAGAGAGGUAGAGAGUACGUAUUGGUCAAGAACGAUGGUGUCGAGGGUGGUUGGGCCUUGGGUGUUGUCACGGGCAAGAACGAUGGUGUGGAGAACAAACCCAUCGACGUCGAUGCAGCCGACCAGGAAGCCAACGAAGAACAAGACGAGGAUGAAGACGAUUUCGAGGAUGUUCCGAUUGAAGGUCUGAAUCGUCUACCCAAAGCAACGACAGCUCCGAAAGAGAAGACAUUAGGCACUGAAAUGGCCAGACGAAGGCAAGCUUUCUACAGGUCUAAGCGAAGCGCUCCUCGCAAGCGAACCAAGGCACCUCAACAGCGUAGACCAUCGGAAAACGAUGGCUUGUUCGUAGACGAUGACCACAAUGCCGCCAUAGAAGUUGACAACGAGGAUGGCGAUGCUUCUGAGGAUGAAGAGCUCCAGCGAGCUAUUGCCAUGUCUAUGCAAAGCGAGGAUGCCGAGCCUGAACAAGAACAGACGCAGGAGGAUGAGCAGAAAGAAGACUGGUUCGACAAGUUUCAGCAGACUCGUGCCGAUGAAGCUCGUCCUAUCCCGCGUGGUGGUGGGUUGGCAAUCGCGCAUAUCGUCAACAGCCGAGCAGGUAAAGCUCCUGAUACUACAAAAUCUCGCAACGAGACUGCGCCCAAACCCAACGCUUUUGGCGAAGAAAGUGACGACAGUGAGGAUGACAUGGAUUUCCAGGCCGCACUCGCUGAAUCGCGCAAGUCAAAGUACCAGUCUAAACAGCCGCCAAAAACGCGACCUGGACCACUUGCACAAUCAGCCCCAGCUAAACCUGCUCCAGCACCUAAAAACGCUCCUGGCUUCUCAGGACCUCUACCCUUCGAAAAGCUAGAUCUGGGCUCUUCCCUUCUCGGCAAGAAAAAGAUGCAGAAGACACAAGAAGAUCUGGCGGGAGGAUUCGAAAGAGACGACACCGGUCCAGCGAAGAAGGACAAGUCUGAACCUCUACCUCCAUGGUUUGAUGGAGACCUUGAUGCCAACAUUUCUAAGCAAAAGGCUCUUGAACGUGAUGAUUGGCAAAGAACUAAAGCAUACAAUGAAGAGUUUCAAUUCGCCGAGGCUCCACCUCUGGGUCGUCGCUCGUCCCGUGAGAUUAUUGAUCUUGACCUCGAGGAAUCACAACCUAGAGAUACGAGUCAACAAGUCAUCGAUAUUUCGGACGAGGAAGAGGAGAAGCCGAUUUCUCCAGAAGCUACAGAAACGAGUGCAACAGAGCAGCCUGCUAUGGGCGACCUAGCAGAUCGCGUUAAAGCUGCACCCCCUACUCUGAGCAAUUCUGAAAAGGAAAAAGUCGAAACAUCAGAUACACCAGUUAUAAGUCGCAAAGAUGCAGAGGCGACCUCGCAAGUUGCAACUUCUGAGGUUGUAGAGCAGCCCAAGCAGGGUUCUGCUCCUCCAAAGAACAAUCCAUUCGCAGAAGACGAUGAAGAUGAUGAGGAGAUGGUGUGGGAGCAGGUCGAGAAUCAACAAACCAAUCUCGAGAAAGAGCCAUCCGUGACGAUUCAGCCUCAAGCAAAAGAACCGUCGCCAAAGCUUGCAAAACAACCUAUUCCAGAGCCUCCAAGAGAGCCUACAAAGUCGCCAUCACCAGAUUUCGAGAACGUAGACAUUCCAGAUCGACCUGAAGAAGCGCAGUCGGCGAGAUUGGAGGAUCAACCUGCGAUAGAGUCCCCUGCUGAUAUCCCGGCUCCUGUAACUGGUACUGCGGAUCAGAAUCUCCCAGCAGAGGCUGAAGUCGAUGAGUUUGGAUACUAUUCAGAUUCUGAGGAUGAUGAGCUACUUCGUCAACUUGCCACUGAAACCGAAGAACAUGCGCGAUUUGCUUCAUCUCUCAAUCACAAAACACAGCAACAGAAUAUUGAAGAGUACGAGUGCGAGUUGAAGCAGCUUCGCUCCCAGCAAAAGAAAGACAGGCGUGAUGCCGAUGAAGUCACACAUGUCAUGAUUCAAGAAUGUCAGCAAUUACUGAAACUCUUUGGUUUGCCGUACAUCACUGCACCAAUGGAAGCUGAAGCCCAAUGCGCAGAACUUGUCAGUCUUGGUCUGGUCGACGGCAUUGUGACUGAUGAUUCGGAUUGUUUCCUCUUCGGUGGUACCCGCAUCUACAAGAACAUGUUCAACCAAGCCAAGUUCGUGGAGUGCUACUUGACAUCCGACUUUGAGAAGGAGUUUGAUUUGACUCGACAGAAGAUGAUUGGCAUUGCUCAACUCCUCGGCUCAGAUUACACAGAAGGUCUGCCAGGUGUCGGUCCCGUUACUGCUCUCGAAAUCCUUUCCGAGUUCCCCAACCUCAACGACUUCCGCGACUGGUACAACGCAGUUCAGAUGAACCAGAUCCCAAAAUCAGAGGAUGCAGCAAAUCCCUUCCGCAAGAAGUUCCGCCGUCAAGCAACAAAACUCUUCCUACCAACCAAUUUCCCGGACCCUAGAGUGGAGAUGGCAUAUCUACAGCCAGAAGUCGAUAGUGAUCCCUCUGCCUUCCAAUGGGGCGUUCCUGAUCUGAGUGCCCUUCGCAGUUUCCUCAUGGCCACCAUUGGAUGGAGUUCUGAGCGAACAGAUGAAGUCCUCGUCCCCGUCAUCAAAGAUAUGAAUCGCAGACAAGAGGAAGGUACUCAAGCCAACAUUACUGCAUUCUUUGAUGGUGGAAUUGGUGCUGGUGCUUAUGCGCCUCGAAAGAGGAUUGAGCAAGGUAGUAAGCGUAUGGGAAGUGCGCUUGACCGUAUGGCGCGUGAGGCUAAGAAGAAAAGGAAAAGUGGUGUUGUAGACGAUGAAGAGGAUUAUACUGAACCUGCAGAGGCAGAGAAACUGGCGCCUAAGAAGAAGGCAAAGAAGAACUCGAAGAGGUCUGCUGCCGCUACUGCUUCGGCUGAUGUGUAA